AUGUCACUCUCUAAACUUGAAUCACUUCCUAAUGAGAUAUUAAUUGAUAUUAUGGAAAAAUAUAUCAAUGGUGUGGAUCUACUUAGAGCAUUUAGCUUUCAACUCAAUCAACGAUUUGAUUUACUCAUUACACGAUGUCAACGACUUCGUUUUGAUUUUAUUCAAUGUCAUAAAGAUGAUUUUCGUUUUUGCAUGGGUCUUUUACCAGCGUAUAUCGACAAAAUAGAAGAACUAUCCAUAUCGGAACAAGACACACCUGGUCAAGUGUAUGCUUUUCUAUCUUUUUUUCCAUCAUUUGCAUUAUUUAAACAUCUUCGAAGACUUUAUUUUCAUUUUAAUGAUGAAAAUCUUGAUUGGAACAGUGUUGAAAAUGCUCUUUAUUCUUUACCAGAAACGACUAUCGACACUUUAUCAAUCAAAGGAAGUAUCAAAGAAAAUAGGUACAUAUUGGGAAAUAUUAUUGCUCAUAUUUUUGGCUUAAAAUCAUUAAAAAGAUUUUCUCUUUUGAGCGACUUCGAUCGUAUGUACUGGAAUAAUAUAGCAAAGAUCUCGUCAAAUAUUGAACAUUUAACUAUUUCUGGUAUUAAUUGUAAAUUUCAAGAUCUACAAUAUAUUUUCCAGUGUGCUUCUCGUCUUAAAUAUCUUGAUAUUGAAAUAGCCGGUAGAGGAGUUUCAUUUCUCAAUGAAAAAGAAAAGCGUCCAAAAAAGAAUAUUGUAGUAAUGUUGACACUUCGUACACUAGUCUUAUAUUUUGCUGACAACAGUUUAGUCACGAUGGAUAUGUUAACAGAAUAUUUGAAUUCGAUGCCUAUUUUAAAAUAUCUUGAGAUCAAAGCACACAGUGAACUUCUUGAUGCAAAUGCAUGGAAAAUGUUUUUGGAAAUAUCAUUACCAUCAUUAACUCAUUUUACUCUUCGAACAACUUCAUCUCGUGUCGAAGAAAUUGGACUCCAUAAUAUGCUCUCGUCAUUUCAAAGUUCAUAUUGGGUAUCAAAACAAAACUUUAAUCUAAUGAUAACCGAACAUGAACGCUGGAAUUAUGUUGGUUUUGGUAUAGGUGAAACAAAAUAUCAUUUUCGGCAUGAAUUUGAUUGGCCUAUGAUUCGGUGUUGGACAGCACCCAAUCGCACUAUUAAUAAUGAUCUUCUCAUAGUAAAUAAAAGCAUAAAAUUCAAACUUUAUGACAUAAACAGUCUCGUAUCAUGUCCUUACUACUUUGACAAUGUGAAGUUUCUUAUAGUGAAUAACAUGAAUAGUGCUUUAUUCAAAUGGCUGCAUACACAUGUAAAUUGUUCUAAUAUCAGACAAGUCGCUAUUAGAUGCUCACUAAAAAUGACUAUCGAAUUAAAUGUGCUGCUGACAUCUGUCACAAAUAUGAAUUCACUUGAUAUGAGCUUAGAUCUAAUUUUGGCUAAUAUAGAUGUUUUCCUGGGAAAAAUGAAUUGUAUAAAAGAUCUUAACAUAUCUUUUGAUAAACCUGAAUUCGAUGAAGAAGAUAUUAUUAUUAUUGCCAAGUGUUUUCCUUACGUGGAACAUCUCAAAAUCGAUACAUACACUUUACAGAACAUUCCACAACUGAAGAAAUAUUUGCUACAUCUUCGCAGUCUUACUUUCUGCAUCGAAAACAAUUAUAGUAGUUUUUUUGAUGUCUAUAAGAGAAAAGAAUGGGAGUAUGAUCUACGACGAAAAACUAAAUUUUUGUUUCAAGUUACGGCGGACACAAUGACAGUUUGGCUCGACGAAGCUGCAUUUGAAGAACCAUAUUGGCGAACAUUAGAGACCUGUACUGAACCCUGAAACCCAACACCAUCGAAGUCGGCGUUGAUGCAAAUACGAAAUGACUCUGAAAAUUCUAUUCCAUUCUGCUCUCAUGCAAAAUAUAUUUUAGAAAAAUUGUAACUUAUAGUUAGCGAAAACUGCUGCUCUAAUACCAUACCACACUAAAUAGAAAAAUGAAACAAAAAGCAAAAGAAUAGCUGCACUAGAUUAAUCAUAGAUUAUGACUCUCGCUUAGAUACGUCUUCAUGUGCUUUUUAGACAACUGCUUCACUUGAAUUUCUGGACAAGAUUGAACCAAAAUCAAAACUUCAUAUUUCUGUUCAUGUCCUCUGGAUCUCAAGAAAUUCUUUGAAUGAAACUGUGUUUUUUUAAGUCUUUGUUGAUGAAAGUUUGAUGGAAAUUUCCUAAAACUUCAAUUUUAUAAGACGUUUUUUCUCACGCUAUUUUAACAGAAUUAUCUUUUUUUUUACUUGAAUUCAGAACUUCUUCUUGUAACGAGAGAGCUUAUCAUUCGUUUCAAGUGUCUUUGGUCGCAAAAAAUUUUCAAACUCAAUUACCUUUAAUUUCCUUUGUAACAUUCAAAAUAUCUGUCGACUCACAUAAUGUAUGUUCAGACAGAGCAGAAAGAAAAAAAAAUACAUGAGCGAAGGAUUGAAAGAGGAAACAUAUAUAAAAGUAUAGAAAAUGUGCUAAUAUAACAGGAUAAUAUUGUCAAGGGACUUCGUUCUCAUAACUUUCUUCUGAUGAAGCCACCGAAAAUAUCGUAUCGAAUAUGCACUUAAUAUGCAGAGAAAUAAACGCAAAAAAUGCUAGUUAAACGGUUUUUUAAUGAAAAAUAUAAAAUUUAGAAUGUUUUUGAAUAGAUUCUGGUAGUCUUUAGGUUACAUCCAUCUCAUUCUGCUUAAAUUUUUACCUAUAUAAAGACAAAAAAUGAAUAUGUAUCGAGAAAAAAAAGAUUUCACAAAAAAGCUGAUUUACUCGUUUUUCACAUCAUUUUUAAAAAAUAUGAAUUUUUCGGACAAUAAAAUAAAUUAAAAAAAAAACUAAAUGGUAACAAUUGUAGGUCAGGGUCUGAUGAUUCUAACGAGAUAAGAAAGUUGCUUUUGUCUCUUGUAGGAAAAAACUAGAUAGGUUUACAAUAAUGGAUCUAUUUUUAUAUGAAACGACAGUUUUUUAGUCUUAAUAACUCUACAUCUAAUCAAAUAACAUUAUUCUACUCAGUUUUUCAUGCUGAUUUAGAAAAUAGUAUUUUUAAAGAUUUCAAUAAAAAAUUGAAAUAAAUAUUUGGCAAUUUCUCUAGAAAAGCUAAAUUCAACGAAAAAAAAAAGUGAUUUUUAGUCAUUCAACUUUUGUUGCAUUUUUCUCUAUCAAACUAUAUAUAAAUGAAUGAAAAAAAAAUUUUUACUGAAAUUUUGCAUUUUCGCUACCUUAAUUAACUUUCGUAUGUCUCAUAACACUCGUGGUUGUAUCGAAAACCUUAUUAGUAUCAUUCCGACAUUCGAAUUGAAGAACACGAUGCUAUGUUUUUUAUAUUUUGUAUAAACAUAUAUAGAAAAAUGUAAAAAACGAUGAAAGUAAUCUUACUUGUAAAACAAACAAUUGAAAAUGAAAUACUAUUUUAUUUUUCCUGAAGUAAUCAUUUCUAUUUAAUUACAUUGUUUUACUUUACCUAAUAAUCUUAAUUAAUUUUUUCUACACGACUAUAAGUGCAUUCAUUAUAGCUGAUUUUUGAAAUGAUUUUAUGUUUUGAGUGUAAUAUUGAGUCUCAACCGAUUAAGAUUUUCUGUCUUUGUAGAACAAAUUAUUUUAAAAUAUAAUUGUGCCAAUAACAGAAGCACCUUCACUGAACGCGUCAUCUAAUCUUUUGAUCGCUUGUAAGUGUGAUGACCGCUUCAUUAUCAUGUCUGUCUUUUCUCUUGCAUUUUCUAUUAUCCUUCUUCUCUGGAUAUUACUGUCUCUUCUUGAUGUGUGUACUAUGCUCUUUCUCUGCUCCCCAACUGAUCUAUGGAUAUAUAAGCGAGAGGAAGAAGGAGAAGCAAGACAGUUGGUGUACAUGAAAUAGUACGUUUUUGUGACGUGAAAUGAGCAAGAGAGAAAUAUUCGAACAGAAGCAUGAAAAGGAACGAACGCAGGUUUAAGGCAAAGACAGGUGUAAUAAUGACAAUUUUUCAUUCGCUUAGAUCGAUAUGAAAGCAAGAUAUUCAAAUUUCAUCAAAUAGUUAGAAGUGACUAUCAUGCUUAUUUAUGUGAGGUAUAUAUCUUUAGUUUUGUUUUAGAUUUAUACAAUUACACGCGAAUUGCAGAAUAGUAAUGAACGAUCUUGUAUUCUGACACGUGCAAACUGUUGAUAAUACUUGAAAAAAUUAUCGAAAUUUUACAUUCUACUUGAAUAUUCCAAUAAAGAUCAGUCGGUUUUUAACACGACUAAAUAAAAACUGUAAUU